AUGUCAACUUUAUUCUGGAGAUCAGCAUAUGCGUUUCCAUCAAUCCUUCAACCUUCCAACAAGCGUCCAUCGCGAAACUACAGCCGAAGUCUGUCACGACAACUUUUUUCGACGAAUGAUGCAGCCACUGCCGACACUGCUUCUUCUUCUGAAGAUAUGAAAUAUUUGGGUCUUAUGGCUUCACGAUUGGGAUUGGAUCCUGCCUUGAAUAGAUUCCACGCGCCCAUCGUCAAUCAUCCCAACUACUCUUUUGAGGAUUGGCCACCCAAUCAUACCUUUCCAAUGGACAAGUUUGAUCGAAUUGCAAAUGCCUUGUUGACGACAUCUUCGAAAAAUUUUCCUGGUUAUAGCAAUCUUCCUCGUCCAUUGGUCCGAAAGGAACAACACUUUUUUCAACCGCUUGAUUUCCAAGAUAUUCCUCGAGAAUGGUUUCUCGACAUUAUCAACGAAGAUUUUGUGAAUCGCUUCUUGAACAGUGAAUUGACGGUGGAAGAAGCGCGAUACAUUGGGUUUCGGGAACAAACCCAUCGGCCAGAACUUAUUGAACGAACCGUCUUGGAAGUAGCCGGAACGGUCUUGACCUGUCAGCUAGCCAGUCAUUAUGGAAUUGCUGCCAAUGUGGCUGGUGGGACCCAUCAUGCAUCGCCAACCGGAGGCGCUGGAUACACCAUAUUGAAUGAUUUGGCCGUGGCCACCCAUGUCAUUACCACGAUGAAGCCGUCAGUAAAACGAGUCUUGGUCAUUGAUUGCGACGUCCAUCAGGGAGAUGGGACGGCCAAGUUUUCCACAUUGUGGAACAGCGAUCCAAAUCAUCCAAAUCAUGAGAAACUAUUCACAUUGAGCAUGCACUGUGCCUCCAAUUAUCCUCAACUCAAGGCGCAUUCCACCUAUGAUAUUGGACUGGACAAUGGUUGUCAGGACGAAGAAUACUUGCAGCAGUUGGAAACGAGCGUCAACCAGGCCUUAGGCGACGUCCAACCCGAUCUGGUCUUGUACGAUGCCGGAGUCGACGUCUACGAACAUGACAAGUUGGGACGAAUCAAGAUUACCGAAGAUGGCAUUCGAAAACGAGAUCGCUGGGUAUUGGAUCGAUGUGUGGGCGCUAAAAUUCCAGUGGCGGCAGUAGUCGGUGGUGGAUACGACAAGGACGUGGAUGCUUUGGCCCGACGGCAUGCCAUUGUACACGAAGAGUGUGCCUAUGUCUGGAGAAAAUAUCAAAUGUGGAAGAGAAAAGGGGAUGGAAACUGA